AUGAAAAAUGUUUAAACUCUUAACUAAAGUGCAAAGGCAACAGCAACAGCAUCAACAACAACAACAACGAGAACAACAACAACAACAACAAAGAGACACAAAUGAACCGCGCAUCCGCCAGCGAAUGUGCCGCCCCCGCCCCCGCUUGCUACGCAGUCGUGUUUCGUGUUCGUCGUGGCAAUUAAAAAGUUUUAUGCAAAAUACGCAAAUCAAAUGUUAAUGUUGUGUUAGUACCGACUAUAGGCGAGUGCAUGUGUUUGUGUGCGUUGCCUGUGUAUGUGUGUGUAUCCAAAAUGCACAGCCGCCCGCCAGCAACAGCAACAACAACAACAACAACAGCGACAACGACAACAACAGAGGCAACAGCGAGAGCUCAACUCAAUCGACAAACAGGCCAAGGAGUUGCACAUUAGAAGCUCGAAAGCCUAAAGCAAAAAAGCCCGCAGUCAGGCUUUGAGCCAAGACGCAUACCACAGCAGCAGCAGCAGCAACAACAACAACAGCAACAACAGCGCAAAAAAGUGGCGAAAGGUGCACCCACCAGCAACAACAACCACAACAACAAUCGUCGCAGUCUCUAAAGUCAGCAAAGUCAAAGUAAUCGGGUUACGUUAACGUUAACGUUUUGCGCUUACGUUUGCGGUCACGGUUACGUUCAUUUUUUAUUCGGUUUACAGCCUCCUCCAAGUUCUGCAAGUGAUAGUGUGCCAUAGAGAGAGAGAUCCUUACGAAUUGUAGUGCCAAUAUCCAUCCAAUAUCCAACCAUCUACAUCUACAUAUACAACAUAUAUACGUUUUUACCUGGCAGGCGCACAGCUGCAUAAAUAAAUAUCUAAUUACAACGACAACUACAACAACAACGACAACAAUAACAAAAACAACACAGGGGCUAUUUGUUUGGUUAGCCAAGUUCCUUAGUGCCAUACAAAUGCAAUAUUGAAACGAUAACAACAACAACAGCAACAGCAACAACAAGAGCAACAGCAACAGCAACAACGACAACAACAACAACGACAACAACAAGUGCCUUCAUUCAAAACGUGAUAGUGAUAUUAAUAAUGUGUAUAUACUUGUAGCAACAACAACAACAAUAGCUUGCCAACACCAACACCAACAACAGCAACUGCAACUAUAGAAGCUUUUACGAAUGCCUUCGCCAAGCGACAUCGAGAAUCGCGCGUCUUCCAUUGAUUUGGCCAAUUAGCUGGUUAAGUAAUCCCCAAGAGUCGAAACAGGUUAGCCGAACAUAUAAUGUCCACAUCCACCGCGACAACGAGCGUGAUAACGUCCAACGAUCUAUCGCUGUCCGGCCACGCCCACUCGCACGCCCAUUCGCACGGACACGCCCACAAUCACAACAAUCACAAUCCACACACGCACUCCACAUUGCAUCCACAUUCACAUUCACUUGUCUCGCAUCGUCUCGGCGUUGUGGGAAUCGGAGGAGUCGGAGUCGGAGUUGGUGGCCAUCUUAGCGACGCCUCACUGUCACCCAUACAGCAGGGUGGUGCCAAUAUUGUGGCCAGCAGCAACAGUUCGCCACUGGGCCAAAACGGUGUGCCCCUUUUGACCACAAUGCACCGAUCGCCGGACAGUCCACAGCCGGAAUUGGCCACCAUGACGAAUGUGAAUGUCCUGGACUUGCAUACGGAUUCGUCGAAGCUCUACGACAAGGAGGCGGUGUUCAUUUAUGAGACGCCCAAGGUGGUUAUGCCCCCGGAUGGAGGAGGCGGUGGCGGUGGCGGUAAUCCGGGCUCAAAUGGCGGCCAUGAUGAUGGCCAGGUGAUAGAUGCCCGAAUUGCGGCACAGAUGAGCACACAGCAUCUGUCCGGGCCACCGCAACAGGCACAACAGGAGCAUCAACCGCUGGCAAAGAUCGAAUUCGAUGAGAAUCAAAUCAUACGAGUGGUGGGACCCAAUGGGGAGCAGCAGCAGAUCAUCUCGCGGGAGAUCAUCAAUGGGGAGCAUCACAUCCUGUCCAGAAAUGAGGCUGGUGAGCACAUUCUCACGCGCAUCGUCAGCGAUCCCUCCAAGCUGAUGCCCAACGACAAUGCCGUCGCCACCGCGAUGUACAAUCAGGCCCAGAAACUGAACAACGAGCACCAGGGAGUCUACCAGACAUCGCCCCUGCCCCUGGAUGCCUCCGUGCUCCACUAUGGCAACGACAAUGUGAUCAAAACCGAGGCGGAGAUCUAUGAGGAUCACAAGAAACAUGCGGCUGCUGGCGGCGGAUCCAUUAUCUAUACCACAUCCGAUCCGAAUGGUGUGAAUGUGAAUGUCAAACAGUUGCCACAUCUGGCGGCGGUGCCACAGAAGCUUGACCCCGAACUAUAUCAGCCGGACAAGCACAUCGAUCUGAUCUACAACGAUGGCAGCAAGACGGUCAUCUAUUCCACCAGUGACCAGAAGGGUCUCGAGAUCUACUCCGGCGGUGAUAUCAGCAGUCUCGUUUCCGACGGUCAGGUGGUCGUCCAAGCGGGUCUUCCAUAUGCCACAACCACCAAUGCCAGCGGACAACCAGUCUACAUUGUUGCCGACGUUGAGGAGCACUUGCAGGGCAAUGCGAGCAACGCGGGCAAACUAAAUGGUCAGACCACACCUAUCGAUGUCUCUGGCCUAUCGCAAAAUGAAAUUCAAGGCUUUCUGCUUGGUUCACACCCCUCAUCGUCGGCGGCCACAACCGGCGUUGUGUCCACAACAACAAUCUCGAAUCAGCAACAACAUCAGCAGCAGCAGCAACAGCAACAGCAACAACAGCAGCAGCAACAACAACAACAGCAGCAGCAGCAUCAACAACAACAACAGCACCAACAACAACAUCCCAGCGACAUUGUAACCAUAACCACAGCGGGUGUGGGGAGUGCGGGCUCAAUUGUCUCUGCUGUCGUGCAACAACAGCAGCAGCAACAGCAACAACAGCAGCAGCAGCAGCAGCAACAACAACAGUUGCUGAGCAUCAAACGAGAACCCGAAGACUUGAGCAAGGAUCCCAAGAAUGGCAACAUUGGCGCCGCUGCCAACGGUGGCGGUUCAGUGAUAACGCAGAAGGUAGGAAAUCAAAAUCACAAUCACAAUCCAAAUCAAAAGCAAAGCUUAAAAGCUCUGCUAAAAGCUUUACAUAUUUCAAUGCUUUAAUGGACACGCACGCAAUUCCAAAAUCAGA